AUGCCAGUCUCUUCGACAGUUCUCAAUGAGAACUUUAAUCGAUCUGUUGACUCUGGUUUCGUAGACAUUACGACAGGUCUCCCUGCGGCUGCCGCAGCAACUCCGUCGCGUCUCUCACCUCACGAACGCGUGAAAUCUGUUGUCAAGAUCCUCAGAGAAGGCCGCAUGUCGAUCCUGGACUUUAUCCUUCGAAUUCUUGACCCAUCACAACCUGACUUCAUGUACAACCGUGAUUGGAUAUACAACCCUUCUAAAGUGGAGAAAGAGAACUCUGGUGACGGACAGCGUGUAUCGGGAAAGCUAGAGCAAAUGUUUGACCUUUUGUUUGUGGAUUCACGGGGUCGAGCCCGUAUGCUAGAGUGGUUUCAUCCUCACGCGGUCACUUAA